UCCUGAGAUGUUUUCUGGCUGUACUGAUAAUACAUAUUGAUACAUCUCUUGUGUAUAGGUAUCCUUCUAAGGAGCUUUAUUGCACUGCUGUGGAGCAACUAAUUCAAAAAUAUCCACACUUGCGUGACAAUGUGAAGAAAGGCAGUGGCAUGGAAUCAUGGAAAGUAGCCUUGAAGAAUAAGUUCAAAAACAACAGGAAGAAGGCAGUGAACGUGUCUACAGAAAUGCAGGCCGUUCGGGCCCAAAGCUACCGCAAGAGUCCCAGGGAGCCAGUGGUAGAGGUGGCGAACAAGAAGCUGUGCCGCCUCUCUGUUAGUAUUUGUUUAUUAUUUUUGUUUUGUUUUGCAUGCAACUCUGAAAAAUGCCGGUAAAGUGUUGUCAGUGGUGCACAUGUUUUGGCUGUUUGUUGUUUCACUGAUAUUUUUCUUUUAAGUAUCAAUGUUUCGUCACUGAGGUGCUGGUUUUACAUAUUGCAGGACAACAAUGACCUAAUUGUUUACGGGGAGACCCUGGAGUCGCGACAGAAACAUAAUGAGUGGCUGCAGGACAAUUUUUUAACAGCUGACGCAGAAGAUUUGCGGCCACGUCUGCUCGCGACGGCCAAGGAACGACACGAGUGUCUUCGGCAAAUCACGUUGUCGGAGGCACUUCUGCACUAUCCCUUCCUCGCAACAGAACACUCGGUAUGCUUAUAUUCAACAUUUUCAUGCCAGUCAUGCUAAUCAUGAUGGUCUCUGUUUUCAGCUGCUGAUGGAGUUCAAUAUAUUGUUCAAACGAACAAUAGUGGACAACAUUCAGCACGGCUGCAGCCGUCUGUGCAGCAUCAUUCUGGAGCACGGGGAGCAGGACGAGGUUGUAAGAUUCUCUGCCAUGGCUUCUGAGGAUGGUGUGCUUGGCGUCCUCAACUUCAUUGCAGGCCGCUGCAAUGAAUCACUUGAUGCUAUCUUGACAGAGACAGCUGCGGUCCCACUAACUCCAUGCCUCCAGAGGGCAUCUGAUGGCUCCCUCGCGCUACACAUCGAUGCGCAGCGAUUGUUUGUGACAUCGUCACUGCUGGCAGGCCUGGCCUGCCUUUUCGCUUCGUUCUGGGUCUUCCAUGUGGUCUACCCAAAAAAGGCCCACAGGAUUUUGACAUUUAUUGAGCACUGUUUUCUGGAUUUGAGCUACACAAAGCCACGGGUGAAAGCAUUGGAUUUUCUUCCUAACUAUCCAUUCAUUGCACUGUGCCCCCAUGUCUUGGGCAACUAG